AUGGCACUAGUCCUGCAACAAGGUGGCGGAUGGCGAGUGGUAGAAGGUGCUGUUGAAGGUCAAACUCAAACUGAUCUGCCAUCAGCGUUCGACGAAGCCUAUUUCGCUCAUCCAAUAGAUUUACAUCUUGCCACGAAAACUAUUCAAGGUGAGCUGGCCAAAAUACAACUUCAAGUCUGGCAUCAUGACGUUUACGGACGACAAGAACUGGUUGGAUAUGGCUCUCUUUUCUUACCGAGUACACCAGGAGAGCAUGAGUUGACGUGCCACAUAUGGCGGCCUAAGGGUUCCACAAGAGAAGAAGUUAUGCAACGAUUUGUUGGCGGUGGCAUACAGGUUUGUGUUACUUAUAAUCAAGGCAUAAACAAUAUGAGGAGCUCC